AUGGUAGAAGAACUCAUUGAGGAUUGCCGUGGUCACCCUUGUGACCUUGGCCAGCGUUUAUACAUCACACAGCAGGCUAGAGUCACUCUACACAUGGCUUUUCCCAGCUCCAGUCCCAGCUGUAGUGACAGCAGCAGUGUCACUUGCAAGAGCAGCAGCCAUCAGUAUGGGACAGAAGAACAGGAAAACUUGGCCCCAACAGGCCACCUACUGGUGGCUGUAUCCCUUGGGAUUAUAGGGGGUUUUGGCUUUUUAAACAACCUGGUGGUACUUGUCCUCUUCUGCCAGUACAAAGUUCUGCGCUCCCCCAUUAACCUACUUCUGAUGAAUAUUUCUAUAAGUGACCUGAUGGUCUGCAUCCUGGGGACACCUUUCAGUUUUGCAGCAAGUACCCAAGGACGCUGGCUCAUUGGCAAGGCUGGCUGUAUCUGGUAUGGAUUCAUCAACGCACUUUUUGGGACGGUUUCUCUAGUGUCUCUGGCUGCCCUGUCUUAUGAGAGAUAUUGCACUAUGUUGGGCAGCACCGAAGCAGAUGUGACAAACUUCAAGAAAGCUUGGCUGGGAAUUCUGGUUUCCUGGAUUUACUCCCUAGUCUGGACCCUUCCUCCACUCUUUGGCUGGAGCAGUUAUGGCCCAGAAGGCCCUGGUACCACCUGCUCAGUAAACUGGCAUUCUCGAGAUGCCCAAAACACAUCAUACAUAGUGUGCCUUUUCAUCUUCUGCCUGGCACUUCCUUUCACAGUCAUUGUGUACUGCUAUGGGAGAUUACUAGUUGCCAUUAAACAGAUCAGCGGGGUCACUAAAGGGAUAGCCCGCAGUCGGGAGCAGAGAGUCCUACUCAUGGUUAUUGUGAUGGUGGUCUGCUUCUUGCUCUGCUGGCUGCCAUAUGGUAUAAUGGCACUCAUUGCAACCUUUGGCAAGCCAGGUCUGAUCACUCCUUCAACCAGCAUCAUCCCAUCCAUCCUCGCAAAAAGCAGUACGGUGUACAACCCCAUUAUCUACAUAUUCCUGAACAAGCAGUUCUACAGAUGCUUCACUGCGCUUCUCAAAUGCAGUAAUGUGCCCCAAACAUCCAGUAACAAAGGAUCUUCCAAGAUUACCAAAAUCUGCUUGACAACCCGCAAGCCACCAAAUAAUAUCACAUUCAAUGCUGCUUCCACCCCACCGCCAACUUCAGAAGAAGAUAAAGUACCCAGCACGUAUAUGGAGACAAAUGAAAUCCCUGCAAAUCAUGAUGCAAAUUAUUUACAACAAAAGACCACCGUAACCUUGGUUGCUCAUUAUAUACCAUGAUGUUCAACGAUUUCAAUGACAAGAGCACUCUUGAUGGUGCACAUUUCACAGGGGGAGAAACCCUGCUUCUUCUCUUGAUAGUGAAUGUCAUAGCUUCAGAUGGUUUGGGUGUGGGUCUGCUGAGUUUACUGGGAAUUAUUUUUUUCAUGGGUGUUGUGAAUACAUACAUCUACAGAUAAAUAAA